AUGUUCGGUGAAAUUCAGUUUAUGAUGAUGCCUGCUUUUGAUGUAUCUGCAGUAAAAACAGCGGAACAGACGGCGAAAAUUGCAAAUUUAGAAGCACCGGCACAACAGCCUAACCAAAGAUUGACAACUCCUUCAAAUCUUCCCAAUAUCAGACACAGUACAAAGAAAAAAGUUUCAGGUCACCAAGGAGGUAUUCGGAUCGGAGAUGCGUCACCAGGAGAGUAUAUUGAACAGGGUCAAAAUUUGCAAUCAACUCGACCAAAGAAUCUUGAUCUAAACAAGUCUCCACCCAGAGAAGAUGACUCUCAUCCUACUCAGAUACCAAUUUUAGAAUCGUCUUCGUUAGUCUAUUCGUCCUCGUUAGGUUUCCAAGAGCAUCCUCUGGAUAAAGGAUAUACUUCUGAGAUGAUCGAACUGUCAAAGCUUAAGAAGAAGAGAACAUCAGAACUAAAAGCAUUGAGAUGGAAUCGCAUAGACCCAGCAACUCGAAGUGCUCUAGCCAAGAAGUGGAGACAUACAAGAAAGAAGAAGCUUCAAGAUGGGCCUCCAUCGGACCUAGCUGAGCAUCGACGAAAGCAUAAUGCUGCAGUAAGGAGAUAUCGUGUACGCAAGAAAGCGAAACAGCAAGAUGCUCCAGUUGAAGGCCCGGAUAAAUAG